UCCGUAGUCUAUUGUAAUGUCAGAAUGGAAGAGUAAAGGCGUAGUUGCGGUUGCGGGUUCGAAUCUUACUCCAGGAAGUUUAGACCAAAUAUUUUUUUUCGGGAAAAGAUAUUCUUUUUCAUAUAAAAACAAAAUCUUUCAGAAAUCUUGCAAUAAUGAAUAAAGACACUGAAAAAUCUUCAGAUAUUGCUUCCAAUGAUGUGGACUCAUCUAUCAAUAAAUUAAAAUCCCCAUUGCAUAAUACAAAAAUGCCUGUUAUUCAUCGUAAUAUAUUACAAAAUAUUAGGAUCAGUGAAUCUAUAGCAAAAGGUGGAAAAAUUACAGAAGAUACUCUAGAAAAUAUUAUGUCACAAAACCUUAAUACUACUGCAAAACCAUCUAUGAUAGUAGUUAAUACAGUUAAUAGUGACAAUGAAAAAUUGCACUCUAAAGUAGAACAUAGGAAACAGGUGAAAAAUAGUUCUUAUGUUAUGAAAAAGAAGAAAGAAAGUAUUAAUAAAGUAGGCAACGUAGAAAAUGUCCAAACUACCUCAAAUGAUAUACCAAAGCCUCAAGAACUACACAAAGUAUCUGAUCAAUACAGUAAUGAAAAGAGUUUAAAUGAAAGUCAAAGAGAAAUAGAUGGUACUUAUGAAACUAAUGAAAAUAUAUUUGGUAGAUCUAAACGAAUUCGUAAGUUAACUAACUUUGAUGAUUAUGUUACAUCAUACAAAAAAGAAAUUAAAAAGAAAACAAGUGUUAAUAUUUUAUCAACUACACCUGAAACAAGUACCACAGUUGCAAGUAAUCAUAAUGAAAAUAUAAGUAAUUCUACCACACCAGUUUUGACCAGGAAAUCACUGCCUUUAUAUUCUAGCAACGUUUCUGGACAUCAUACUAGUAUUAAAAAUAUUGGAGAUUAUUCUAAAGACGAAUUCAGCGACUCUUGUAGAAGUACUGAAAUUUUAGAAGAUCUCAAAUAUCGUCUUAAGAGUCCUCAAAGAUCUAAUAGUGAAAUAUCUAUGGUAUCAAUAAACACUUCCAUACAUGAAAAUGCAAAUUUAAAACUAGGUUACAGUAAACAUUCAAAUGAUGGAAGUUCGAUUCUAAUAGACAAAAAUUUAAGCAGUGAAUCUUCCUCAGUUACAACACCAGUGAGGAAAAGGGGAAGGCCCAGAAAAACUUCUUUGAUACAGCAGAUAGAUAAUGAUUCCAUUGCAGAAACAUUUGUGCAUAAUAAAGGACAUAAUGAAAAGUCAUACAAUAUUACAAGUAACAAUGGCUUAAAUGAUGAUAGUAAUGCUGAAAGUAACCCAUUAAGUUCCUCUCCUUUUAGAAAAAGGGGUAGACGGUCAAAUUCAAGCAAAGAUAAAGGUAAAGGCAAAUCCCAUUCUGCAUUAGAUAACGAGUACAUACCGAAAUUAAAGGGACCAAUAUCUGUGGAGGACUCAAAACCAGAAAGUUCCAAAGCAAUGGAUACUUCUGAUACAUUAAAAAUAGAGUGUGCUAAAUGUCACGCAAUAAUGUUAAAAAAACAAUGGCAUUCGCACAGUUUGCUCAAACAUAACGAUAUGUGUUGGAUACAAGGUGAAGAACCUUUAGAUUUCAGUGAUGAAAAGUUAUGUAAAAAAAUAUUAAAUGUUACCAUCAAGAAAAGAAAAGGCAAGUUAAAUUGUGAGAAAUGUGGUGCUCUUAAACGAAGUGUGAAUGGUUUCCUGUCUCAUGUACAAUUUUGUGGGAAAUCUGAUGAAGAGAAAGAAGCUCUGAUGAUGACAUGUCCAAUUUGCAGUGCUGUUAUGAUGCCAUCUUCUAUGGAGAUACAUGUGCGAACACAUAAACAAGUUGAACAGAAGAAAAAGGAAGUAUUGCAAAUCUUUUCAUCAAGUAAAGAAAAAGUUAAACGCAAAGCAGCAGAAAAAGCAGCAUCAAAAAUUUCGGAAUUCACUGAACUCGUAAAAGAUGCGCCUGCUGAAAAAAAGAUAAAACUUGACUCUUCUGCACUGAAAAAUUUAAUAAAACCACCUGAACAGAAAAAACAUGUACCAAGUGUAUGGAAGGGUAAGUGGCGUAAGGAGUUAAACUCUGGGAAAACAUUAGCUUGCCAUCAACUUGGUUGUAAUUUUACAACUUCGUCACUAGAGGAUAUGAAAACACAUUAUUCUACAUGUAAUUUCGUUCCUCAAGAGUGUUAUUUAUGUAAGAUAUGCAAAUCUUCAACUAAUACCAAAGAAGAGAUGGUAACACAUAUUACGGAAACACACGGAGGAGCAAUUGAUGACGAUGACAAAUAUUCGGACUUUGAAGGAGAAAGUCAUAUAAACGAAAAAUUAUCUGACAUGAUCAUGGAUAAACAUCACACACAAAAACUCCAUUGGACAGAACCGUUCUUACCUGCUAUACGUUGGACUAUGGAAUUUGAACAAAAAAAUUAUGAGCUUCAGUUAUACCAUAAUUAUACACCUAAUACAUUUACUCUGUUAAAGAAUACUGAUGCUACUAAGCAUUUACCGCAGGUGGAAGUUUCUAUGAGAACAAGGACAGAAAAAACACCUGAAAACUUAUCUCAAUCAGAAAUUUCGUGGAAACAGUGGCAAAGAUUUGAAGGUGGUUGUGAUAAAGGAAUUCCUACGUUUUUUGUUGGUGGACCAAUAUGGGCAUUGGCGUGGUUGCCUAUUCCGUCGCCAAUGUACUCGAAAAAACCGACCCAAUAUCUCGCUGUCAGUACUCAUCCAUCUAUGGAAAGUGAAUAUGCUGUAGGAAGAGCAUAUAGUGAAGCUAAUAUAAUACAAAUUUGGAAUGUGGGAUCUUUGAAUCAUGAGACUGAUAAUGAAAGAAUACCUACGUUAUCAUAUGCUCUUGCCCAUACAGCUGGUACUGUAUGGUGUUUAGAAUGGUGCCCAUCUGGGUGCUAUCAAGAUGAGAGUCUAAAUAAUUAUGAAACUAAGCAGGAAAUAUCACAUCCUCUUAAACGAAUGGGUAUGCUUGCAGCGGCUUGUUCAGAUGGUAGUGUACACAUUUAUUCGUUACCCUUUCCAGAAGAACUUGGAUUUCAAAAGACUGAAGGAAAUACGUGGCCCAUAUAUCAAACUGAGCCAGUGAUAACAUUAGUUGUAAAUAUACCUAUGUAUGAUAGCAAUAAACAAACAUGGCAAUGCACUAAAUUAUCGUGGAGCAAAGAACAUAAACAUAACACAAUUGCUGCUGGAUUUUCAAAUGGUUACAUUGCAUUAUGGGAUCUUACAUGUGAUUCACCAGUAUCAAUGCAAAAGAGACAAAACACGUACUUAAUAAAUGCAUUUCAGCAUUUUUUUGCUCAUGGUAAUGCUAUAAGUAUGAUAGCGUUGGUUCCAUACAAUGAAGCACGUUUCCUAGCUUCGGGUAGCAUAGAUAGAAUGUAUAAAUUCUGGAAUUUAGAUGAUGUAAGUACUCCUCAAUCUUCCACACAAAAAGGUAUUAUAGUUGAUGGUGUAUGGAUGACACACUGGCCAUGUUCUGUCAUUAGUUUUGAUGAUGCACUUGGAUAUAAACAUACAAAUUCAUACAUAAUUCCGAUACGAGAUAUGGAAUUCAAACUCCACCCUAUUUUGCCAACCAAUUCUCCUACUUAUGCUUUAUCAGUUUCUGAUUACGGCAAUAGCAUUGCGCAUGGUACGCUAGCAGGAGAGAUAGUGACUAUUUUUCUUCACCAAGUUAUAUGUGCUAAGGAUAAUGAGAAAAUUUCCCAGAAGAAAAAAAAGUUAAGUUCACACGUUAAAGUAGUGGAUCUAACAAAAACUGGAAAUGAAUCUAUGGAAGAUAAAAAUCCUAAAGAUUAUAACUAUAUGCCACACACUUAUAAUGUAUGCAAAGAUCGUUUCGGUAUUACAUUUUACGAUAAACUACAAGAUUCUGAACGUACUGUGCCAUCUCAGUCAAUACAGGAUAAGGUAACUGCAGUUCAAAUUGAACAAUACCCAUUUAUGUCGGUAAAUAGGAUAUCAUGGAACCCAAACGCAUGGAGUUAUUUGUGGUUAGUAGCUGGUUAUCAAAAUGGCAUAGUAAGACUGUUAAAUUUUAAAUAUAUGGCAUCACGUGAAUUAAAGACAUCUUUAACCCAGCAUGCAGAACAGAUGUUAAAAAAGACAGUAAGAGUUGAUGAAAAAUUAUAAGCACUAAAAUACCAAUAACGAAAUACAAAUUAUUGUUGUAUAUGUAUUUUAAAGUAUACAAAUUUAACUAAAUUCAGAUAUACACACUGCAGAUAAUAUCAGGAAAAAUAUAUGUUCUGGAUACAUUCGUAAAUAAAGGUAUUUAAAUAUUGUACUAAUGGAAUUAUCAUGAAAUUAUGUUAAGAAAUAAACUAUUCGCAAUUCUGAGUUUUCUGUUAGUGUUUGUAAUCUGAGUUUACACUAAUUUAAGUAGUGGAAACAUAAAUAACAAUUAUUUUAUUGUAAUUAUCAAUAAAAUUGUUAUAAAUAAUGA